AUGUCAUACGCAUUCUGCGAUCUCACGUCCUUCGCCUCCUCCGUCGACCCCAUCUGCGGCAUCAUCUCCCCUCUGGUGGGGCUGCUGCGCAAGGGCCUCCAGGAGGACGAGGCCAACGUCCUGGACAAGGACUUCCAGGCGCUGCACUGCAAGAUGGAGGACAUCUCGGCCAAGAACCGUCAGUGCCUGCAGAAGAUCCGGAUCGACGAGGUCAACGAAACCUACGGCAAGUACGAGGAGUUCAUCAAGCACCAGUACGCCGCCUUCGGCAACAUGGUGACCCAGGUGAAGAAGGACCCGGACGCCGCCGACCACCACAUGAGCACCUUCGAGAGGAUCUACGAGCGGGACAAGGCGGACAUGAGCCUGGACGUCUACUACCGUGGUGUGAUGGGGAAGGGCUCCGUGUUCGGCCGGCCCCUCCUGCUGGUGUACUUGGAGCACUGCGGGUGCAACCGCACCGUGAUGGAGCACCGCUGCUCCCACCUGCGCCUCCUCUUCCACAUGGGCCUCAUCGCGCUCAUGGCCUACACGGCGGUGACGGAGGACGACGAGGAGGAGGUGGCCCAGAAGUGGGCCAAGAGGGUGCAGGAGAUCCAGAGCAAGAUGGAGGAGGUGCUGAGUCAUUGCAAGGAGGAGAGCCCGCCCUAGGUUCUGGGAGGGGAGGUCGGAGGGGAGAUGGGAGAUUGGUGGUGGGAGGUCGGAGGGGUGGGGGGAGGGGUGGGGGGAGGGAUACGAUAUUGUCCAUGUCAAUACGGAAGCACUUCAGGUGGGGUGGGGUCACUUUACUCCCUGAAUCCACUCUCGACCAAUUCAAAGAUAUUUAAUCAUGCCGGGAAUAUUUUGGAGAUUUAUUUGUAUAGUCAGGAUGCCUGCCAUAUAUUCUAAUGUUUUUAUUAUUUUGGUUGACACAUCGAUGCUGUGUGGGAUAUUUUGUUUAAAUGGAGACCAUGCUUUUGUGUAUUAGCUGCCUAAAUAAAUGCUGCUGUUAUGCAUCAAA